AUGGUGCGCCUGACAACGGAGCUUUUCGCGGAGAGACCGCAGUUUGUCAACUCGAUCAACUUGCGAGAGAUGAACCUUCGUGGCCAAAAGAUCCCAGUUAUCGAAAAUAUGGGCGUCACCAGAGACCAGUUCGACGUCGUCGACCUGUCGGACAACGACAUCCGAAAGCUCGACAACUUCCCCACGUCCACACGCCUCAGCACACUGUAUCUGCACAACAACCGGAUCAAGUGAGCAAAACACCAAAAAACAGUUUAACAAAUUAUCUUGAUUGUAGCUACAUCGCUCCUGACAUCGGGACGAAGCUGCCGAAUCUGAAGACGUUAGCACUGACGAACAACAAUCUGUGCGAGCUGGGAGACAUCGAACCACUGGCCGAAUGCAAGAAGCUCGAGUACGUCUCUUUUAUCGGCAAUCCGCUGACUCACAAGGACAACUAUCGGCUGUACAUCAUCUUCAAACUUCCUUCCGUUCGAGUCAUCGACUUUGUCCGAGUGCGGUUAACCGAGCGUGACGACGCCAAAAAGCUCUUCAAAGGAAAGAGUGGCAAGAAGGCGAGAGACGCCAUUCAGAAGAGCGUCCAUACGGAGGAUCCGUCGGAAGUGGAGGCCUCGAACGGAAGUGCUAUCGGGCAGAAGCUCACCGAUGAGGAUCGCGACAAGAUCAAGGAGGCGAUCAAGAAUGCGAAAUCGCUCAGCGAAGUCAACUAUCUGCAGUCGAUUCUGGCGUCUGGAAAAGUUCCAGAGAAGGGAUGGAAUCGUCAGUUGGAUCAGAUCAACAAUCAGGAAGAGGCCAUGGAGACUUAA